UGAAGUAAGUAAACCGCAAACUUCAACAGGAACCCUUCACACUGGUUGUUUCCACUGUUGCAUGUACUUGUCAUGUCUGUCCUCAUUUUGGCAGUUCAGCUUCAUCUGGUUCUACAACAUGGAUCAAAGAGAGAUUCUCAAGCAAAACCUGGAAAGAGCCAAAAGCAGAAAGUUCAACAGAGAAGAGUUCACAAAUGAAUUUCUGAAACUGAAAAGGCAAUCGGCGACCUACAGAACUGACAAAAUCUACCCAACAGCUACAGCUGAGAGGCCAGAAAAUACCAGCAAGAAUCGCUAUAAGGACAUCUUGCCAUAUGACCACAGCCGAGUGAAGCUGUCUCUGAUCACAUCAGAUAAAGACUCUCAGUACAUCAACGCCAAUUUUAUAAAGGGUGUGUAUGAGCCAAGUGCCUACAUAGCUACCCAGGGUCCACUUCCCACAACUAUUGUCGACUUCUGGAGGAUGAUUUGGGAAUAUAAAGUUCUGGUUGUCGUCAUGGCUUGCAUGGAAUUUGAAAUGGGAAAGAAAAAAUGUGAGCGAUACUGGGUGGAUGUGGAUGAAUCCCCCCUCCAGUUGGGCCCUUUCUCUAUUUUUUGUGAGGCGGAAGCGAAGAGAAAUGAAUAUGUGAUACACACUCUGAAAGUGAAAGUGAAUGACAGUGAAAUCAGGACUGUCUACCACUUUCAUUAUAAAAACUGGCCAGACCAUGAUGUACCCUCCUCUAUCGACCCGAUUCUUCAGCUCAUAAGUGAGAUGCGUAGCUACCAAGCACACAGCAAUGUACCUGUCUGUAUACACUGCAGUGCUGGCUGUGGAAGAACAGGAGUCAUCUGUGCCAUUGACUAUACAUGGACCUUGCUAAAAGAUGGGAUUCUUCCAAUGAACUUCAACAUUUUUAAUCUGAUUCAGGAAAUGCGCACACAAAGGCCUUUAAUAGUACAAACUCAGGAACAAUAUAAGUUGGUUUACGAUGCUGUGAUUGAGCUUUUCAAAAGGCAAAUUGAGGUGCUCUCCAAUCAUUCCAAUACUGUUGUCAUGGAGACUCAAGCAAACCAUCCAACAGCCGAGAUGCUCCAGGCCCAACAUAUGGAAAUGUUUUCACUGAAACCACUGGACAGUUCAGUGCAAGAGGAACAGAAGAAAUCUCAGCAUUCUGAUCAUGAUACACAGAGAUUAGACACAAAUGGAUACAGGGAUGGUGCCUUUCCAGUCAGACAAGCAAUUUCUGUUGGAGUCUUGAACUCCAACAGCCGCAGAAACAUGGAUACCGCAGUAAACUGGAACUCUUGUUUGGCAAGACAGCCACUCCAUAAACAUCACAGUUUGGACUUCAACAAUGCCUUUUGGACAGAACUACCUCCCACUUUGAAAUCAGGAGGUGAAACUGGGAUAAGCUUAGAUACAAAGAUACCCCUAACACGAACUAAAUCAACCCCUUUUGAGUUAGUAUCACAAAAAACUUCAGAAACAACAACAAAGGAUUCAGUCUCCUGUCUGGGCCUCAAGUCUGGAGGCUUUCAAGCUCACUCAAGCACUUCAAAUAAACUAUCAAACAAUACCCAGUGUUGUGUGCACAGGAAGUUACACCGCCAGCGCUAUAUCUGGUCAUCAGAGGAUCCAUACUUUUCUUCAUCUUCAGAUGACCCAUGCUCCCCAGAACUUCCUGACUCUGCUGUGGGUCUGCCUGAAACAGUUCCCACUUUUUUCUCUGCUGUGGACUCCAAAGCCCAAACUUUGGAUAGUACAAGACCCAACAAACUGUUGUGUAGUCCUCAGGUCCAGAAUACUCAAUCAUUGGACGCAGUGAGAUCAGCCUGCCAGAUUUCUUCCCCAAUGGAUGAAGACAUUCCCCCUCCACUGCCUGAGAGAACCCCAGAGUCCUUUAUUAUACCUGGAGAAGAUGAUGUCUCUUUAUUGGCAGUUUCAAACCACCAAUCACCUGAAUUUCAGGUUGAGAAACCUGAAAUCACUAAAGACUGGAGCAGCACGUCUCAGCUAAAAUUAUCUGAUGACUCUGUGAUUCUGAGGCCAAGUAAGAGUGUGAAGGUACCAAGACCCAAAUCAGUUGCUUUUAUUGCCUCUGUCAUCACAGAGUAUCACCAGGAACGCUCUCCUUCCCCUCCGCCGCUUCCUGAAAGAACUCCCGAGUCAUUUAUUCUUGCAGAUGAGGAGAGUCUGCCAGCUGUUUUGAACAAUGCUGUGAGCCUUCAAGACUCAGGAAUUAAAUCGACGGACAAAUCAUUAAAGGAAGGGAGAGGCUUCAGGAGGAGUAAGAGCUUGAAAAUUUUGCGAAAUGUGAAAAACAGUAUCUGUGCUCCAUCUUCACUGGUAAAACCCUCAGAGCCUGGCCAGUCAAAUCACCCCAGCUCUCUAUUUGGCUUCGCAAACCGAUUUUCAAAACCCAAAGGACCAAGAGAUCCACCACCAAAUUGGGACAUUUAGUAGAACUUAACAGAUGCCCUUUGUUUCUGGCACUGCAGAUCUGCCAUGUUCUUCUGCCUUGUUUCUCAGAAGUCCUUCACAACGGGAUGAAAGUCCUUCAUCACUUUCAACAAAAUGUCAUUUGUUGUGGUAACAGAAGGCAGAGGAUAAUAUGUGACCUCUAUAAAGUAAAUAGAAUAGAACCUCAUCAAACCAAUUGACCUGGACUGCAUCCAGAGUAAACAGGAGAAAGAGUACUGUGCUAGUGCCUGGUUCCCGUUCACAUUUCUAAUGAAGCAGCAAGAGGCUGUUUAUUUAGCACAGUGUGUUAUUUCUAUAAAGAGGAGUUGUGACUCAAGUUUGUCCAGCAACGAAACCCUCUUUUUUGGGGGGGCAAUGCUGCUCCCAAGUCCAAGAUGUACAAAGGCAAGCCAUCACCAUGUUGCUCAGUAGUGGCAUAAUAGCACUUUAAGCUGAGAGUUAUUUAUUAUUAUUUCUUGUGUUCCAAGAGCAAUACUGACAUUCAGAUCAAGGUUUCAAGGUUUAGCCGUUGUGCUCCCUGACUCUUGAAGUAUACCAGAAGUUGCUAGGGAAUGUAUCAUUUUCCAUAACAUGAAUGUAGGCUGGUAGACAUGUAAGCACUUUUACUAUAUUGGCAUUCUAUGGUUUUCAGUGUGUAACAAGCAGAAGCUGAGCAGCUUCAGAUGCCCUGCCUAUAAAGAUAAACAGCAAGAAGUUUU